UCUGCCUUAUUAAUCCCAUUAAUGACCCCGGCCGCGUGCCCUUAAACUUGACAGUAUCGCGGCGGCAUGCGCACGCGCUGCAUGCUGCGUAGAGAUUUUAUGCACAGUCUGCGUUACAGCUUUCGCGGCCAUAUGGUUUGAUUCCUGUAGCUCAGAUUGGAAUUUUUACGUAUUAAAGUGAGGUUGUUUUUAUCUUGUGCUUUUACAUAGUGGGAAAUUGAAGUCAGUGUUGACGGUUUAAUUCUAAUGUUGAAAAAUUUAUGUCAAACAGUUGACGAGUUUUUUAGUAAAGGAAAUCGUGGUUGUAAUAAUUCUGUGUGAAUUAUAUUUGAUAGUGUAUUGUGGUGAAGUCAGUACCUGUAGUUUGAGAUACGCUGUUUCAUAGAAGAACUGUCAUAUAAGUUGUUGAGCAUGGCGCUAGUACCGCUGGCAGUAUUGGCUGUAGCAGCGGUAGGGGUAGCCAGUUCGAUUCCCCGCCCACAGUACGGAUAUUCAGCAGGCUUUUUACCACAUUGUCCAGGCAUCAUGACCAACUCCAGCAUUAGCGAGCGCAGCAUGCCGAAGCUCCAGGUGGUCCAUCAUCAGCUCAUCAACGGGCAGGUUACCAGGAGAUCCAUGCCGGUACUCAGCGCUCCGAGGAUGUUGGCCAAGAGCAAACGAAUGGAUUUCACAAAUAAGAAGACAGUGUUAUACGCCGUUGGUUUCCUGGACAGUGCGGUGUGGCCCCACACGCAGGCAGUCGGGACAGCUUACGCUAAACGCGGAUACAACGUGUUCAUCACUGAGACGUUCAGCUUUCUCACUUAUAUCUACCCCAAAUCUGUCCGCUUAACCCGGGUGAUCGGGCAGAAGAUGGGUGAAUUCCUGGUGAAGCUGACGGAGCAGGGCCUGAGUCCCGACAACCUGGAGCUCGUCGGGCUCAGCCUGGGGGCCCAUAUUGUUAGUUACGCUGCUAAACACUUCUACAACGCCACUGGAAAGAAACCUUCCAGAGAGUAUCGCAGGAUUCGCAGGUUAACCGGCCUCGAUCCCUCCGGUCCCUGCUUCAAGACGAUGCCCCUCGAGCACCGCCUCAACCCCUCCGACGCAGAACACAUCGAAAUAGUCCACACCAACAUCGACGGCUUCGGAACCCCUGAACCCCUCGGCCACGUAGACUUCUACGCAAACGGGGGAGAGUACCAGCCAAGCGACAUCCCCUACAUACCCUGCCUCGUUGUCUGCAGCCACUUGAAAUCAGUUUUCUACUGGUGGCAAGCUUUGGAACACCCCAACAAAUUCAUAGGACAGAAGUGCGACUCAGUACAAGCUGCGAGAUACAAUGAGUGCAACAGUACAGAGACGAAUGUCGUCGGAUUAGAAACUGAUUUUAGUAAACCGGGAAUUUAUUAUUUGUCGACGUCAAAUGAGUUCCCUUAUUAUAGGGGUAAAGAAGCAUUGAAGGGGACCGAUAUUUCGGCGAAUUUUGUGGAGAAAUUGAAUGAAGAGGAGUUUGUAGCUUGAAGAGGCAUUUUAUAGAUAAUGGUGUUAAUAGCUGUGUGUUGAUGAUGAUGUAAUGUAACACAGGCUAACUUGAUAUAAAAUGAGUCCAUACCAGGCACCGGCCCGAUAUCUCUGUUAUAUGUCAGGUUUCAAAAGGUUUGCCUCACCAUAAUAUAUCUUUUCCGAGAGGCAACCGUUUCACGUGACUUUUAAAAUCCUUAUCUAAGCGCCCAUAAUCAAAGCCCAGCCCAGAAGCGCUGGUGGCCUAGCGGUAAAUGCGACUUUCGACCAGGGUCGCGGGUUCGAACCCCAGCUCGUGCCAAUGAGUUUUACGGAACUUAUGUGCGAAAUGUCAUUUGAUAUUUGCAAA